AAUUGAUCAUUAAAUUAUCUAAUGAAGAAUCAAAAAAAGGCAAUCAUUAUAUCAAGUGAAGAGAGUGAUGAACCAAAAUUAAUAUAAUAACAUCAAGGAAAAAAGAGAUUAAUCAGAAACGAUUUUGAAAAAAUAAAUGAAGAUUUGAGAAAAAAUGAAAUUAAAUAAAGAAAUAGAAAGGUUAUAUUUGAUGACGACGGGGAAACAAGUGAAAAAAAUGAAAAUGUAAAGGAAAACUUUGUUGAAUAAAAGAAAAAAUACAAAUUGAUUAAAAAAUAAGAAAUCAUAGUUUAAGCGGCCUAAUAAGAAGCUACUUCCUGUCCUGUUUGUUAUACCGAUUUAGAUAUAAUUUAAGCAGCUAUUUUAUAGUGCGGACACCUAUUUUGCUAAAAAUGUAUAUAAAUAUAGUGCGAAAAAUACUAAAAUAAUUGUCCUUUGUGUAGAAAACAAUAUCAAAAUGUAUUAUAUUACAAUAUAUAUUAUAGUAUACAAUUUGUAUUAGAGGAGAUGAUGGAGAGUAUUUGAGAGGUUAAUUAAUUAAAUUAAAAAAGAAAAUAAAAAAGCAAUAAUAUCUGGAUGGAAAUGAUGAUGAAGAAAAUGAGGAAGAAUACAGUCAGGCAUAAAGUUCAUUACAUCAAUCAAGCUUUGUUUAGGAUAGUUAAUGUAAAUUCUAUUAUUACUAUUUUAGAUGAUGCUGGAGAUAGUUUUAUUGUAGCAGAUGAUGAAUGCUGCGAGGAAUGUCAAGGGAAUGAGGAUAUGGAAUCCAUGCUAUUUUGUAAAAAAUGUGGAUGUGUAGUUCGACAUAGUUAUUGCUAGGCAUCUAAUACUACAAACAAAAUAUUAUGCUACACAUGUAGAACAUAUUAAUAACGAUGA